AUGCUAGAUAGACUUUUCAAACAAAUUCAAGCAGUCACAACAGCUCUAUGUGUAUUAGGUACACAUUCAAUAUGUUUGGAUGACGAUGUGCAAAAUCAAGUUGAACAAGCGAUUGCAGCUCUUCAACCAUUUGAAGAGGUCACAAAAGAAGUUUCAACAGAAAACUCUGUAUCAUUAUCAAAAGUAAUACCUCUCACUACUAUUCUCACAACAGUUUCAUCAGAUCUAUCGAGGGAAGGUAAUGCACUAGCAGGUCACCUAGUCGAACAAUGUAAGAAAAGGUUUGUUAAUAUUGAACAAAAUUAUCCCCUUGCUGCUAGUGCUUUUCUGGAUCCUAGAUUUAAACAUCUUGCAUUUAAAAACACAGAUACAAUUCAGGUUACUAAAGGAAAACUUCUCAAUGAAAUGAAGAAUGUAGUUUCAGGAGUAGGAAGUUCAGAAACUUCCGUUUCAACAGACACUGUUUCAGAAAGUCCGAGAACACAAACAAAGAGUACCGGUACCGGUAUUUGGAAAAUACUUGACUUUACAAGAGAACAGGCAGAAAAAGAACGAUCUACUGGAACUGAAUGUCAUGUAGAACUUGGAGGGCAUUCCGAAGAAUUAACAAUAACAAGGGAUAAAAACCCUCUUGAUUGGUGGAAGACCAGGGAACAUAUCAUGAGUAAUUUAAGCAAGUGUGCCAAGAAAUAUCUGGGAAAUGUUGCGACAUCAGUCCCAUCUGAGCGACUAUUUUCUCAAGCAGGUUUAGUGGUCAGUGACAGACGAAGCUGUCUGAAACCUGAGAACGUAGAAAUGAUGCUGUUCUUGAACAGUUAUUUAAAACAAAAAUAA